GAUCUGGCAUCCUUGGAAAAAACUUCAUGAACGAAAAAUCAAAGAUCUCGGUGAACAUUAGCUAUUAAUGGAAUCGUUUAUUUAACAAAUUGUAAUAUUUUAUUGAAUAUCUAGAAGUAUCCAGAGGUCGAGGUAACUUUAGAAAAUAAGGUUACGAUGGCCUCUAGUGACAACAACAGUGACGAUGGUGAUAUCGCACAUGAUUACGACCACAUGAUUCAAAUCGAAUAUCUGAAAGAAAAAUACAGAGAUGUUUUGUCUCAACUUAAAACGGUAUCCAACGAAAAACAAAGGUUAGAACGCGAUUUCCAAUUGCUCAAAAAGGAGCUUGAAAAUGAGAAGGCUGAAUUUUUCAACACGUAUCAUGAGUAUAAUUUACUGAAACAGAAAUAUGACAAUCUUCGCCUGCGAUACGACGAGUACACCAGUGAUCCAACACAUUGCUUGAAACUAUGCGAUGAUCUUAAAAAGGAACGCAACAAAUUUAAAGAAUUGUUGAAGGCUGCUGAACUAGAGAUCGAAACUGUUAUGUCUGAGCGAGGCACUGUUCUUAAAGAAAUUCAGAAACUUUAUGAUAAAAACGAAAGCUUGGAGCGUGAUUUACAGUCAGCUUUACGUUGCCGGGAUGAUUCACUUAAAGAAUGCGCUUCUUUACAAGAAAAAUUUGACAUACUUAAAGCUCAUGGCGAGUUUUAUCAUGAGUCCAAUUGGAAUCGUGAACGAACAGAGAGCAAAGACAAGUUCGAGAUGGUAUCUGAAAAUUUAGAUUCAGCUAACAGAGAAAUCGAGAGGCUGAAGAAAACCUUAGAUAAGGCAAAAGCUGAAAUAACAAAAGCAGUCCAAGAAACUGAAAUUGCAAAAGGUCGUAGAGAUUGGGCUAUAUCAGAGCGAGAGAAAAUCGUGCAAGAACGCGAUAGUGUCCGAAAUCUAUGUGACGAGAUUCGCAAGGAGCGAGAUACAGCCACUUCAAAAUUACUAGCAGCGAUCAGAGAUAAAGAUGAGGCAUAUAAAGAAAUCGAACAACUAACGGAACGCUUGGAAGCGCAACAUAUAAAAGACAAUUUAAAUAACAAUACUGCUCCUGGCGAUCUUUCGAAUCAUUCUACCGAAAGCAGUUUCAGAAGUUCACAUUAUAGUACCUAUAGCCUAGAUUCCUCAUAUGAUUUAGAAACUCUUCAUCAAUUUUAUACCGAAGUCGUUGCAAUCGAUUCGUCACUGUUACAGAGUAACACUUCUGAUUGGGGUUUGACGAUUAACGAGAACACAAAUGAGUUCAUUGAUAACAAUACAUCAGGUCGUAUGGCAGGCCCACAAGUGGUUUCUAUUGAUCAUAACUCUGCGUUCGCUGGAUUACUCAUGCCUAAUGAUAUAAUUUGUCAGAUUAAUAACAUUGACUGUAGUACCUUUUCGCGAAGGAAAAUUUUUAAAGCAAUGAAAAGCAGUGUACCUACAUGUAUGAUUACUGUAAAGCGACCAGAAAAACGGCUCCUUCCGAUCCAAAUAAGCUUUAUAAAUGGAAAUAAGAAUCACGGGCUUCAUUUAGAAACAGGUGUAUACAUUUCAAAAAUUGAAAUCGAUUCUUUAGCUUCUAAAGAUAAUAGAUUAUGUGUCGGGGACAGAAUAAUUUCCAUCAAUGGCAAACCUGCGGAUCACUUUAAAAACGUUAAUGAAAUAAACACAAUUAUAAAUGAUAUGAGGAAUAGUAAUCUCAGUCUAAUUGUAGUUAAAGAUUUGCCCAACUUUCCUCAAAGUAAAGGAUCAACCUCUAAUCAUUUACCAAGUAUGACUAGCUGUACACAAACUGAUAGUAUUGUAUAUAACAAUCUGGAAAGCGCACAGAGAGACAUGAACCGGUUAAGUUUAGAACUUGGCAGUAACAAUCAUUUUAUACCUUCCGCAAUGCCUUAUAGCAUGAAUACUCCAUCAAGUACACCAAACUCAGUAACGGCAAGUACACCUUCUUCAUCCAAAUCAACUUCUAAACUAACUGGAAUGCUUCAAAAACUGAAGGAUAAAAUGAACAUUAAUAAUCACAAGGAAUGCCAGGAAAAUGAUGCUCUUGCUGUUCUUGAUUCGGUUUUGGAUAGUGACGAUCCUGAUGUUCCUCAUGUUCCAAUGUAUACAAAGACUAAAGAAAAGAAAACAAAGAGGAAAGCUAGAGAUUCUCAAGAAGUUCCUCGAGGAACUUGGCCUCGUGUAACUAUGACAGUACAUGCGACUGACAAUCACGUAGGAACAAUAGUCCAUAGAUUUACUAAAGAGCGACCCAAGUUAAGUAUUCCAACAGAUAAGGCAGAUAAUGCUUAUUUCACUGCGUCGCCCUUGAGCGACUGCAAUAUGCUGAAUCUUCCCAAUUCAUCUAACAGUCCAGGAAUCAGCAUGAUGAAUUAUACAAUCAACAAUAAACGAAAUUCAAAUCCAGUGGUUCAAAUUGACAUCAACCGACUUCCUCAGUCAUCAAUCAAAAAUAGUUACGACGCCAAUUUACUCAAAACCAAUGCCUCUGCAGGAAGCAGUAAGGUUUCAUAUACUAGAGCUUCUGCAUACGACCCGACACGUAAUAACAGCCUUAAUUUAAAUUUAAACCGUCACAGUCUGAAUUUGUCAUCAUUGAAUAGACAACAGCUGCAGUCACCGUUGCUGCAGCAAAAGAACGUCGACUUUACACCUAUGAAUAAAAAUCCUUCAGCGGAUUCUUCUGUAUUGUCUUCUAAAAGUGCAAGUGGAUAUAAUUUCAUUACUAAGGCUCAAUUCAAAGAUCCUAUGGAUUGUUAUGUACCGAUUUCGAAGAACCUGUCUAAAUAUUCAAGUGAUACUGAAAGUUUUGAUGUUGAUAGUACUACAACGACAAAUAAUAUGAAUACCUUUCCUCAUGUACAUACAAGAAAACCAUCAAUCGGGAAUAACAGCAAUUCUUCAUCGAGCAGAGUCGCAACGACAAAUUCGGUUAGUCAGAAUAUCCCUGCCGCAUACAAUCCUUCCCUGUACCCUGGAAUUCUAAAUAUACCGUCUAGUAACAGUUCACAAGCUACUGGUGGCAUACGACAAUCGGAAAACGUGUUACCAACCGGAGAGUUGAUGAGUCUACCUCAAACAUCUUAUCAUUCACAUGGAUCAUCUAUCGAUUAUCCAUACAAUCGAUACAGUCAGAUACAAUCUUCAAAAGAAGAAGUACCUGCAGAUUUGAUGGGCCAAAGUUAUGAAACAGGAACGUUUCCCCGUAACAAAGUCAAUCAUGGAUAUCGCAUUCCUUCCAAUCAGAGUGUCACAAGUCGAGGAAGCGGUGUGAAAAUAAGCAAUGGGUCAAUUGAUUAUUGCAGUUCCGAGAGAGCAUCCCCAAUUCCAACGUUCCAAGUGCAGGUAUUGGAACCCGGUCGAAUAACAGCAGCAAACAAACGCAACUCACUCCAGGACUAUACCACUCGAACCAAACCCAACGUUGGUGAGCUUCGUUAUGUGCACAUUGAUAAGAGUGAAAUGUCUCUUGGGAUUAAAAUAUUUUGUCAAGGGAAUGGUGGUGGUGUAUUUGUUUCCAAUGUUGGCGAAAAUAGCCUUGCUAGCAAAGUAGGACUUCACAUUGGUGACCAACUAUUGGAAGUUUGUGGAAUAAACUUAAGGAAAGCUACGUACGAGCUGGCUGCGCAUGUUCUUCGUCAAUGUGGGAAUUCAAUUACGAUGCUUGUAUUAUAUAAUCCGGAAGUGUAUAACAACCUUACUAGCAACGAAAAUAAUAUUUCUCACUCAAGUUCACCAACUCCACGAAAUUCGCCGCGUCCAACGGGUCGGUCACAUAUUCCUGCCGUUAAUACAUCAACAGUCAAUGCAAUAUCCACAUUAACUUCUAAGAGUAAUACUAGCCAUCAACAGCAACUGACAGGCUCCAUUCAAACUAGUCACUUCAAAGAACAACCACGACUAAUAUUCAUAGAAACGAGAAAAAAUUCCAAUUUAGGAAUAAGUCUCGUUGGGGGAAAUGCAAAUGGAAUUUUCGUCCAUGGAGUACAGAAGGAUUCUAUUGCCGAUAACGCUGGUUUACGAAUAGGCGAUCAGAUAUUAGAAUUCAACGGUGCUGAUUUGAGAAGAUCAACGGCGGAACAUGCUGCACUUGAAAUAGCGAAACCAGCAGAUAAUGUUCGUGUUCUGAUUUUGUUCAAUAUUCAAAAGUUUAAUCAAAUCAAGGACAAACCAGGAGACGCUUUAUACAUAAGAGUAGGAUUUGAUCGGAAUUGCGAUCUAGGAGACUCCGAACUAUCUUUUAAUAAAGAUGAAGUAUUAUACGUCGACAAUACGAUGUUUGGCGGUAUACCUGGACGAUGGCGCGCUUGGAAACUGGAUGAAUACGGCCAUAAACUCCAAUGCGGAAUUAUUCCCAAUAAGUUGAAAAUCGAAGAAGAAUUAAGAUUAAUUGGCGAUUUACAAGAUGUAGACACAACAGCAAGAAGAGGAUCAACGUCGGCAAGACGAUCUUUUUUCAAAAGAAUCAAACCUCAACGAAGUUCAUCGCGGGAUUCAAAAGAGUUGGCAAGUUUCAGCAAUACACAUCUAAGUCUCUACAUUGAUUCGGGAUCUAUAAAUGAUGAUGGUGUUACCAGCUAUCAACGAGUCGAACGACUUGAAUACAAAUAUCGGCCAGUAUUGAUUUUAGGGCCUCUGUCCGAAUGUGUUAUUGAAAAACUUUGCAUUGAUUUUCCUGAACAUUUCUAUCGAUGUCAACAGAAUCAAAUACGUUGCACAAAAGAAGAUAUGGAAAAUGGCAUACAAAGUAAUACAAUCGCUGAUUAUCGGCGAAAGGGAAGUAUAUUUGAAUACACAACAAUACAAACAAUUCUGGAGAACAAGCAACAUCAUUGCAUUUUGGAUAUUUGCAUAUCAGCAGUUGAGCGGCUACAAAGAAAUCAAAUAUAUCCGAUUGUUUUACUGCUACGAUUUAAAUCAUCAAAACAAAUUAAAGAAAUUAAAGACUCGCGAUUUUCCAGCGAUAAAAUUUCCGCGAAGGCAGCUAAGGAAUUGUACGAACAUGCAUUGAAAUUGGAAUCGGACUAUCGACAAUACAUAUCAGUCGUGAUUUCUGGUGUCAAUAUAGCUCACAUGUGUACCCAAAUAAAAGCAGCAGUUGAUAGUGAACAAAAGAAAAUACUUUGGGUUCCAGUUUCGACAAAUGUUUAACACAAAAAUGGGUAUUAAUACGUCCUAUCAGUGCAGUAAAACUUCAUUCAAUUCAAUUGAAACCGUGAUUUCUGGUGUCAAUAUAGCUCACAUGUGUACCCAAAUAAAAGCAGCAGUUGAUAGUGAACAAAAGAAAAUACUUUGGGUUCCAGUUUCGACAAAUGUUUAACACAAAAAUGGGUAUUAAUACGUCCUAUCAGUGCAGUAAAACUUCAUUCAAUUCAAUUGAAACCGUGAUUUCUGGUGUCAAUAUAGCUCACAUGUGUACCCAAAUAAAAGCAGCAGUUGAUAGUGAACAAAAGAAAAUACUUUGGGUUCCAGUUUCGACAAAUGUUUAACACAAAAAUGGGUAUUAAUACGUCCUAUCAGUGCAGUAAAACUUCAUUCAAUUCAAUUGAAACCGAAUGUGAAACACACUGACGAUCUCUCUACUGCAGUAAACUUCACACUCUGACACACACAACGUUCGCUGACGUACCGAACCGGCAGCAUUCAGUUCUUCAAUCGAUUCUCUUCAAAUCAAAGCUCAGUUUAACCACCGUCAGUUGAUUUCUUGAAGUAACAAAAUAUCACUUUCAAUAGUGUGAGAGCGGCCUUCACAUGAGGUUUAUGUAAACAUUCGAAUUGGUUCAAGAUAAUAGAUGAAAGACAAUUCAGUUUUCAUUUUUUAUACUUUGCUCCAUUUAUAAUUCUAUUCAUUCGAACUUGCUCACUACCAAGAGCGAAGACAAUGAAACAGCUAGACUACUUGGCACUUGAAACUGAGCAAGCAAUACUUCAAAUGACUAGGUACCCAUAAAUUUCAUUUUCAUCUGAUAUCAUUCGAUUGAAAAUGAAAGUUUACCGCACUGCGUCUUAUAAUCAAUUUUCAUAGCAUUUGAUUAUUGAAGAUCAAGGGACAGUAAAGAACAAAAGCAAGUAGUAGCAGUUAAUUGAUUUAUUGUUUAUAGAUAUAAAUUAUAAAAAAAAUAAUAAAUUGCUUAUAAAUGAGAAUAGUUGUAUCAUUGUAAUCAUUUGAGAGAUCACUAAAUAUACUAGA